AUGAAUUCAGAAAUAAGUAGCACUGGUCCCUCCGCCAAGCGCUCGAGAUCAAAAGACCGCCAUACAAAGGUGAGCGGCCGCGGCUGCCGUGUCCGCCUCCCUGCGAUGUGUGCGGCGCGUGUGUCUCAGCUCACACGCGAGCUCGGUUACAAAACCGAUGGUCAGACCAUAGAGUGGCUCCUAGAGCAUGCACAACUUCCAUCAAUUGGUGCAGCUGCCACAGCCACAUGCACAGGAAACGGCGUCGUUUUGGGUGGUGAAACUAAUGCCAAUUCUUCGCUUCCUCCUAGUUGCUCUGAGAGUGUUUGUGAGAAAAAAGAUCAUGUGGUCAAGAAGUGCCAUUCAUUUUCUAGGGACCAACCGGCUUUUGAUUUUGAUCUUUUGACCAACUUUGACAUGGAAUUUUCAGCCAAUGAGAUCGCGUUAUUGCAAGCACUGACGUCCGAGACACAAGAGGAAGAGGCGGAAGAGGAAGAAGAUAAAAGGAAAGAGUAA